AUGAUAUUGUUGGGUUUGUCUCUUCAAGACGUUCAGAAAACUCGAAGUGUUCAGAUUACUCGCAAAAUCCUGCUUCAAAUAUUAGUCUGCUCCACUUUCGGGGCUACGAUAAAUCAGUUAUUAUACUUCAUCGGUCUCAAGUACACGACGCCAACGAUCGCAAGUGCCCUCUCCAAUAUCCUUCCUGCCCUAACAUUUAUUAUGGCCGUUCCUUUCAGGAUUGAGACAGCAAAUAUGAAAAGAAUCCCAGGACAAGCAAAGGUGGUUGGAACAAUCUUUUGUGUUAGCGGAUCAAUGCUCAUGACCUUCUACAAUGGAGCUCUCAUCCAUAUCCCACCUUCUAGCUUACAUUGGCGAUAUGCAGAGAAUGUUGUGGAGAAAAGCACCGAAGCUUCUGGAUUCACAGGUGGAUCGUCCAACAAGGAAAUAUUUGGUGCAAUGUUAGUAGUGGGGAGCGGCAUAGCGUGGGCGAUUUGGUUCAUUAUGCAAGCAAAGCUGAGCAAAUCAUUUUCCGCACCUUAUAUGACCUCCACAAUAAUGAGUGCUAUGGCUAGUAUCGAAUGCUUUCUUAUUGGAGGUUUUAUUGAGAGAGAAUUACAUAGUUGGGCUUUGGGCUUCAACAUUCGCUUAGCUUCCGUUCUAUACAUUGGAAUUAUUUGCUCUGGAUUUGGUGUGUUGCUGAUGACAUGGGCCAUAGAGAAGCGUGGCCCGCUAUUUGUUUCCAUGUUCAGUCCACUCCAACUUAUUAUUGUGGCCGUAUUGAGCUGGGCUAUUCUGGAUGAGAAGCUUUAUGUAGGCAGUGUUUUAGGUUCAGUAAUUAUAGUUGUUGGCCUCUAUAUGGUUAUUUGGGGAAAAGCUAGAGAGUUCAAGAUGAAAGUUUCAGAUGAGGGGGCAACCACUGAAUCAGAGCUACAUAAAGGAGAAGGCAAUCAAGACAUUGAAGGGGGGCUCCCUGUCUGUCCUCCUAUUUCUAAUGCAAAUUGUGCAAAGAAGGCUUUUCAAAUUCAAGAAGUUUGA